GCUCUCCCAUUUCACCUCUAUUCUGGAUGAUGAGCAGGCGGCCGUGUGGAGGAGCUAGUCCUGCCCAGAAAGGAGGAGGAGUAGGAGCGACACGCAGAAGGGUGUCGACGGAGCGAGGCAGGGGGACGCGGCAGGAGGAGGGAGGACCGGAGCGAACAUCUCCCUCUAAGAUUCCAACAGCCCGAUAAUGGCCGCCAAGUCGGACGGGGUCCUGAAGAUGAAGAAGAGCGACGUGGCCUUCACCCCCUUGCAGAACUCGGAGCACUCGGGCUCGGUGCAGGGGCUCCACCCGGGCGGCCUGCCGGACUCUGCGGGCACCGGGGAAGCGGACUUCGCCAACGGGGAGUCGCGGUGCUGCGGCGGCGGAGGCGCCACCUCGACGUGCCUUCGCCUGGGCAGGGCGCAGCAGAAGUACACGGUGUGGGACUGCUUGUGGAUCGUGGCCGCAGUGGCCGUGUAUCUAGCCGACGUCGGCACCGACGUGUGGCUCUCGGUCGACUACUACCUCCGCCGCGAGUACUGGUGGUUCGGCCUGACGCUCUUCUUCGUGGUGCUCGGCUCCUUCUCGGUCCAGCUCUUCAGCUUCAGGUGGUUCGUCCACGACUUCAGCACCGACGACGGGGCAGAUCCCGCCGCCGACUGCUCCCACAUGGACGGGAACAAGCUGCUGAGCGGCUCGGCCUCGCACGGCGACGUUACAGCCCAGCAUCACCCGGCCACGCCGCAGAGGCAGGCGUCGACCGCCAGCAAGAACACCACCACCAACAGCACGGCCAGCACGGCGCAGGGCGGCCGGGCCGCCAGGAGGUCCCCGUACUACUCCUUCUGCGUCUGGUUCGGACAGUCCCUCAUCCACAUCCUCCAGCUGGGCCAGAUAUGGAGGUAUUUACACACCAUCUACCUGGGAGUUCGGAGUCGUCAGAGCGCCGAGACGGAGCGCUGGCGUUACCACUGGAGGAUGGUGUACGAGUUUGCAGACGUCAGCAUGCUGCAUCUGCUGGCCACCUUCUUGGAAAGUGCUCCACAGUUGGUGCUGCAGCUGUGCAUCAUCAUACAGACACACAAACUCCAGGCUGUGCAAGGAAUGACUGCGGCGGCCUCCCUGGUCUCUCUGGCCUGGGCCCUUGCCUCCUACCAGAAGGCUUUACGAGAGUCUCGGGAUGACAAGAAGCCCAUCAGCUACCUGGCAGUCAUCAUCCAGUUCUGCUGGCACUUCUUCACCAUCGCAGCCAGGGUCAUCACCUUCGCCCUGUUCGCCUCCGUGUUCCAGCUUUAUUUUGGGAUCUUCAUCGUCCUGCACUGGUGCAUCAUGACCUUCUGGAUUGUCCACUGUGAGACAGACUUCUGCAUCAGCAAGUGGGAGGAGAUUGUGUUUGACAUGGUGGUGGGCAUAAUAUAUAUCUUUUCCUGGUUCAACGUCAAGGAGGGUCGGACGAGGUGUCGACUUUUCAUCUAUUACCUGGUGAUCCUGGUGGAAAACGCGGCUCUCAGUGCGUUGUGGUAUCUCUACCGGUUGCCCAGCACGACCGACGCCUUCGCAGUGCCGGCGCUCUGCGUCAUUUUCAGCAGUUUCCUCACCGGUGUGGUUUUCAUGCUCAUGUACUACGCCUUCUUCCAUCCCAACGGGCCCCGCUUCGGCCGCUCGCCCAGCGGACAGGGCCUGGACCUGGAUCCCACCGCGCAGUUCUCCACACUCCCAUCGGAAGGCGCCACCAACUCACUGCGCUCCAACCGAGGAGCCACCACCACCCUGGAGCGCGACAUGGGGAAGUACUCUGAGCGAGACGGCUGCAUGCCGGUCUUUCAGGUUCGACCCACAGUGCCAUCGACGCCGUCGUCUCGCGCUCCGCGCCUAGACGAGACCGUCAUCAAGAUCGACCUUUGUAGGAACCAUUACCCAGCCUGGGAACGCCACGUUCUCGACCGCAGUAUACGCAAAGCAAUCCUGGCCAUAGAUUGCUCCCUGACUCCUCCGCGGCUGCAGUAUAAAGAUGAUGCGCUGGUGCAGGAGCGCCUGGAGUACGAAACCACGCUAUAGUUCCC